AUGGAAAAGUACACAGAAUUUAGCGACCCUGUGACAGGAAUCAAUCCAUACGUCAGGAUUACUAAAUACAAGAUAUUGCUAUUUCCAGUUUUAUUCUUCAACCUUAUUAUAAAUGCAGUUUUGUACAUGCCAGUGUUCCUAUACAAGUACUUCUGGUCAGGCAUCUUUACACCACUGGCAAAUCCGAUUCCAAAGAAACUAAAGAAAACAGGAGGAACAUACAUAUGUACAUACACAUCCAUUUUUGAUGUAAACAACCUGUAUAGAAUAUUUGGAAGCCCUUCUAUAUAUGCAGUUCAAGAUAGAAAGAUACUCAAGAUAGACAGAUACAAUGUGCAAACAUAUACUAGCAUUGAAAACAUUCAUAGAGCUGUCCAGUCUCAAAAUACUGUUAUUCUUCUAAUGGGGGGCGGAAUGACAAAUGGAGAGAUAUACAUAAAUACAACGGAAAUAGAAGAUGUUCCUGAAAUAGACGGUUUUAUAUCCCUGAAAUACACCCCAAGCACAUCAUAUAACAUUAAUUUGUUCAAUACGUGGAUAUAUCCCCAGUUUACCUCUAGGGCUGCCUCUUUCCUUUACUAUUUGGUUUUCUAUAUAACUAUGAAUGGCGGCACACCUGUCUGCAAAAUAACAGUUGCAAAUACACUUGCAGACCUAUCAGAUAAAACAAAAAUAGAAAUAUCAGGAUCACACAACUCAACAACAACAAAAAAGUUUUUUAAAGCUUUUGCUUUGAUAAAUAAAUGA